AUGGCUGAAUUCAGAUAUCCGUACGAGCCGAGCGAUAUGGCUCUGGAUUGGCGUGUCGCUCUGCAUUUGUCCAAAAAGGCUCGAGUGGCGCGAGCUCUCGAAGAUAUUUAUAGUUGGAGAUGCAAGGAUCGGACGUCAAGGACGUCCAAGCUCAGCGAGAUCGAGGCCCUGCGAUUCCAGCGCUCCGUAUAUCGCCUUUCGCUGCUCUCCUCUGCCUACGGAGUUGGCUUGGACUACAGGCGGCCCGAGAGCGAUUCCGCCUUCUUGCGUCAGCUUCCCACAUCUCAGCUGGAAGAGCUUUGGGAGACGAUAGUUUUCUUGGGGAACCUAUCGCUUUGGACCUCCCGAAUCGAAGCGUGGUCUCUCGGGGCAUACGAAACUGGAGAAGGGGAAGGUGCCGAUGCAGAUCAAUGGCCAGCCUUGGGAGCAUACGUCGGGCCGGAGAUGGUACUGGAUGGGUUUCAACGGUCCUCGAUAGCUGAAGUCCGCAAGUAUGAGGUAUACUCGUAUUCGUACCGGGACUUCUUGCCUGUCUCGCUCAUCGCGUCUGAUACGGUAGGAAUGGGUACCAUUGCGUUGCCCAAGGUCGUGAUGCGAGGCACGCCCUCCUCUUUAGACAUCUCUGCGAGCCCGCCGGGACUCGCACGUCGAACAAAUAACGUGUCCCCUCGAAUCGCCGUGCCUCGACACGCCAAGCUCCCUAGUCUCGUGGCGGCGGAUAGCAUGAUGUGCAAAUCCUAG